GGGGCCGACGGCGGGUGUGAUCCCCUCCAACCCGGCUAUCAACUACUAGUAGUGUAUCAACUUCUGCUGCUCCUCAUUCUACUCCACUAAACAACCAGUAAUCUCUCUCUCUCUCUCUCUCCCCCUCCCUCUCUCUCUUCGCUGUCUUUCUCUAUUAAGAUUUCUGGGUUUGCACUUAAUACAGAACUACUUUUCUGGGUAUAAAAUUUGGUAGAGGUAUCUCCCUAGUCCCUACUGUGUGCUACAUUGAAAAGAGCUUGAUGGGUUCCCGAUUUCCGUCUCACCAGCUGAGCAAUGGCCUUUAUGUCUCGGGUCGGCCUGAACAGCCGAAAGAAAGAACCCCUACUAUGACCUCGACGGCUAUGCCUUAUACGGGUGGUGACAUCAAGAAAUCUGGAGAGCUGGGAAAAAUGUUUGAUUUACCUGUGGAUGGCUCCAAGGCGAGGAAAUCUGGACCGGUAACUGGUGCUCCUUCAAGAACUGGAUCUUUUGCAGGCAGUGCUUCACAUUCAGGACCAAUCAUGACAAAUGCCGCAUCUAGGUCUAGCUAUUCUAUGUCGGGUCCUGUGGCCUCUGGUGGGAUUUCUGGUUCAGUUUCUGUAAAAAAAUCGAACUCCGGGCCACUUAGUAAACAUGGGGAACCUUUGAAGAAAACGUCUGGCCCCCAAUCUGGAGGAGUAACACCAGUCACCCGUCAAAACUCAGGUCCUCUUCCACCAAUUCUUCCUGCCACAGGAUUAAUUACAUCUGGUCCCAUUUCGUCCGGUCCCCUAAAUUCAUCCGGUGCACCUAGGAAAGUUUCUGGUCCGUUGGACUCCAAGAAUUCGAUGAAACUGCAUGGUUCAAUUGCAAUUAACCAAGCUGUGACAACAUUAAGCCAAGACGAAGACUAUUCAUUCAAGGGCAGUUUCCCAAAGCCAAUUUUAUGGUUGAUGAUUCUGCUCUUUGUAAUGGGGUUCAUUGCUGGUGGUUUUAUUCUUGGGGCUGUCCAUAAUGCUAUUCUUCUCAUUGUUAUUGUGGUUCUCUUUGGAAUUGUCGCCACAAUAUUUGCCUGGAAUACUUGCUGGGGAAGAAGAUCUAUCAUCGACUACAUUGACCGCUACCCAGAUGCUGAGCUUAGAGAAGCAAAAGAUGGGCAGUAUGUGAAGGUCUCAGGGGUGGUGACCUGUGGUAAUGUUCCCCUUGAGUCAUCUUUCCAAAGAGUUCCAAGAUGUGUCUAUACUUCGUCGUGUUUAUAUGAGUAUCGCGGGUGGGACUCAAAAGCCGCCAACCCGACUCAUCGUCGAUUUACAUGGGGCUUACGGUCAUCAGAGAGGCAUGUAGUUGACUUCUACAUUUCUGACUUCCAGUCUGGUUUGAGAGCAUUGGUUAAGACUGGUUUUGGUGCAAGAGUUACUCCGUACGUGGAGGGAUCUGUUGUUGAAGUCAAUGAUUUAGAUAAAGACAUGUCUCCUGAUUUUAUCAGAUGGAUGAGAGAAAGGAAUCUUUCAUGUGAUGACCGUAUAAUGCGAUUGGAGGAAGGGUACAUCAAAGAGGGAAGCACAGUUAGUGUGAUAGGAGUUGUUCAGCGGAAUGAGAAUGUGUUAAUGAUUGUUCCUCCACCAGAGCCAUUUACAACAGGAUGCCAGUGGGGUAGAUGCAUUCUUCCAAGUAGCCUAGAAGGCAUCGUUUUGAGAUGCGAGGACGCAUCAAAGGUUGAUGUUAUACCAGUAUAGCAUAAUUUGUGAGCUAACGAGUGUUUGCUGGUGUGGUCGUGGGAACUAGUUUGUUACUAAUAGACAGUGAGUGUAGGGUGAUUAAUGGUGAUAAUUUUUUCGUUCAUCUGUGAAUAGGUGUUGGUUUUUGUUUGUUGAUUAACAUUUGUAAAGGUUUGUAAUCAAGUGGUGGUUGAUGAUGUAGAAGCUGGAGAUAUCAUCUUCAAGAACACAUAACUAAUACUUAGAAAGAAAUGAAUGUGUGUUCCAACU